AUGUUCUCCAUCGGAACACACAGCCUCUUCCUCUCCAUAGGCGGGGUCGCUCGUAAGACCGGGGAGCCGCUUGUUAUCUUUCUCGCAGGCGCAGGAGACGUCGCUUCGUCAUACGUCGCGGUCGAAAGACUCGUGGGCACAUUUGCACCCGUUGUCCUAUAUGACCGUUCCGGCCUAGGACGCAGUCAAGAUGGGCCUACUAAGCCAACAGCCACGACAGCAGCUACUGAGCUGCAUCAGCUGCUACACAGCGCGAGCCUUACCCCUCCUUUCCUCUUAGCGGCUCACUCCUAUGGGAGUAUUGUUGCGCGCGAGUACCUGCACCUAUACCCAGAGGAGGUGGCCGGGAUGGUGCUCGCAGAUGCAUCGACGGAGAGGCAAUCCGAGCUAUUAGACGAUCCAGAUCUAGACAUCAAUGCUGUACUGGGUGACCUCAAGUUCAGCCAGGUGACGGGGCUACGCGACAGCGCUCAACUCUCUCGAGACGAGUGGAGGGCUCGUGCAGCAGACAUUGCACGAGGAAUCAAGACAUCCCAGGCUGAAUCUGCAGCUGCAAUGGAAGUCUGUAAGACAUUAGGAAGCAAGGAGCAGUAUAGGAACCAAGCACUAGGGGCUAGACCCCUGAGUGUUAUACGGUGUCGUGGCUCUCAAGACUACCAACGAAUAUAUGAAAAGGGUGUAGAGGCGGGCAACGGUACUGAAGCGCAGCGGACGGCCUUUCGCAGAUUACUCGACCGCUGGGACCAAUAUGAUCAGCGUGCGCAGGGUGAACAACUCCAAUUGUCAUCCAAUAGCCGUCUUACCUACCUUCCCAACUGCGGCCAUCAUGUCCAUCUUAUCCGUCCUGAUGUAGUUGCGUCUGAGAUCCGAUGGGUGAGGGACCAAACCUUGGAGAAAGGGUCCGCACAACGGCUUUAG